AUUCCUGUUUUACCGAUUCUUUGAGUUAACAUUAAAGUUAAUUCCUUUUUCUUUGUUAAUUUUCACAAGUUAUAGGUUAGGUUUGGUUCGGUGUGAGACGUAAACCUAAUUAAUUAUAACAAUUGAAGGGCCUCGGACUAUCAACCUAUUCAGUAAGAAUCUCUAUGAUUAAACUAAUUAAACAAUUUCAACCUUAAACUUGUGAAAAUUAACAAAGAAAAAGGGAUUAACUUUAAUGUUCACUUAAAGAAUUAGUGAAACAAGAUUAUACCGAAACAAAAAUAACCUUCCAUUAGGCUAUUCUCACAGCAAAUCUCUCAGAUUUGUUGACAUUGGAAACAUGAGAAACUCAAACAAAUUGACUUCUCUUUAAAUUUAUCUCAUCUUUUCCAAUUGUUUCAUCUUAACAAUUAAUCAUCUUAAGUGAGAAUUAAUUAUGUUCCGAUAUCUACCUAAAGUUGUCGCUAAUCGACAUUUGAUCAACAAUUUAUCCCGUUUAUCGUCAACAUCAAGUUCACCCUCAUCUUUAUCAACAGAAACACCAAUGGUAACAACGCAAUUAGAUUGUGAACCCAUUUCACUAAUCAUCUCGGAUAAUUGUUCUAAACGAUUAAAACAAGUAACUGAAAAUGGUGAAUUUUUAAGGAUACAAGUUGAAGGUGGUGGAUGCCAAGGAUUUAGUUAUAAAUUUCAAUUGGAUAAUAAGAUUAACGAUGAUGAUCAUGUUUUCCAAAAAAAUGGUAGUUCAAUUGUUGUCGAUAAAACAAGUUUAGAAUAUAUUAAUGGAUCGAUGGUCGAUUAUAGUUCAGAGCUGAUUCGAAGUUCAUUUAGAAUUGUUAACAAUCCUAAAGCAGUACAAGGUUGUUCUUGUGGUGCCUCGUUCACAAUUAAACUGGAUUAAUAUCAACAAUCGAUAUUAACAACAAUCAUUUCCUUUAGGAAAAACAAAAAAAAAUAUCCUCUUCUUUUUUCCUCAUGUAAUCAUAACACAAAUUCAAAAUCGCUUCUUUAAAUUAACCGAAAACAAUCUCAUCGAAAAUACAAAAUGUUACCAUUAAUUGAGAAGAAAAAAAAACCAAAUCAAUCGAAACUUUUAAUCAACUGAUUAAAUCCAAUUGAUUUGAGCAAAUGCGACAAAUUGUAAAAUGAAAAUCAAGUGAUACGCAAGCUUCAAACUCCAAAUGUUUUGCAUAACAAAACAAAAUACCAAUUGUAUUUUAGUAUUUGUAUAAAUUGUCGACCCUUUAAUAAACACUCAGAAAUGAUUAACAAUAAACUAAUUAAA